ACGCCCAGUGGAGUGCAACGGUUGAUGUCGGAGAGGGUGAGGCGCGCGGUCAAGUUUGGGGUGAUUUACAGGCUGGUUUCGUUCUUUAGAGCCCCGAGUGUGUUUCUGCCGCUCCUCUCUUUUGGGACCAGUGCUCUUUAACCUAUUCAUAAAUGACCUGGAAGUAGGGGUGGGUAGCGUGGUGGCCAAGUUUGCAGAUGAUACCAAAUUAGGUAGGGUGGUGAGAACCACAAAGGAUUGCGAAGAGCUCCAAGCCGACCUUGAUAAAUUAGGGUCAACAAUGGAUCAAACAGGCAGUUUCUUCAGUAAACUACGAACCUUCGUGGUCACAUUGGAGAGACAGACUGAGCAGCUUAAGCAAACUUUUCAUGGAGAUGAGACAGAAUUUGAAGAGGACUCCCCAAUGAGAUAUUUACAUGAACUGUACUCAGAAGUCAGGACACUGAAGGGCGAAGCUGAUAAUGUUCUUAAGAAGAGAUCUGAUGAAAGGGAUGCUACGUGUGACUUCAUAAUAGCCAGCAAAAUUCUGAUGAACAGAAAUACAGCUGAUCUUGGAAAAAUAAGAGACUGUUUUGCAAAAUAUGGAUACCAGCCCAUUAUUGGGGAAACAGCAACAAAAGAUAAAGCCGAAACAGAUCCUGAACCUGUCGAGUCUGAUCAAGAGGAACUGAAAAACCUUGCUUGCCCUGAAAACUCUUCUGAACCUAAUCCCCUAGAGCGAACUCCACAACUUUCGGAUUUUGGGCUUUCAAAAUAUGCUCUUCCUAGUACUUGGAGCACUGUGCAUAUAUUACCCCAACCCCAAAAGGAAGAGCCAAGAAAGGAUUAUUCUGGGUGCCCAUCACCCAAGGUAGAACAGUUCCAUAUGAAUGAACGCGGCCUUUGUGUGGAUGAUGUCACUGCGUGUUUGACCGAAGACCAAACAAUCUUCCUGCUCAACAAUGCAAAAAAACCUAGGCAAGCCAAUGAUAAGAUGAAUGGGUCAUCAAUGGUGUUGGCAUCAAAAGAGAACCUAGCUACACCUAGGCAAAAGAGUAAAGUGCACGAUUAUGAUUAUAUGGCUUCACCUGCAGCACCCACUUUCUGUACACCUGGCGUGAAAGUCCCUCCCAGAAAGAACAUUGCUUUACCAAAAUCCCCAGAGAGUAAUCAGUUGGGUGCAUCUAAUCAUACAGAUUAUAUGGCUUCACCUGCAGCACCCACUUUCUGUACACCUGGCGUGAAAGUCCCUCCCAGAAAGAACAUUGCUUUACCAAAAUCCCCAGAGAGUAAUCAGUUGGAUGCAUCUAAUCAUACUCAUCCAAAUCCUCAGCCUCUCGAAAAAGAACCUGAACAAGCAUACGUCAUCCAGACGGUACCAAAUAAAAGAUACGUGGAAGAAGCUGUUGCACCUGUCCUGCCCUCGGUCAAGUAUCUGGACUACCCUGAAACACCUGCUCCUCCUGCAGUAUCAGACUACAGAAACACACUCACCAGUCCUCCACCAGCUCCGGAAAUAACUGUGAUUCCAACACAAAUUCUGCAGAUUUUAUCAAAAUACAACUCAAACAUAAAAGCACCCAGGUUUGCCGAGAAGCUGAAUAAUGAAGAACUUUCUGCACAGUUGGAAAGGCCUGCUCUUGGUUUUAGUAACAAAGAAAACAGAGAAAUGAGCGGAAACUGUCAUGUGUAACAAAUGUAACCAAUUCUUUCAUCUGAUGAGUAUUGUGGAUGACUCUAGCACGAAGUCUAAAAUUUUUGUCUGGACAGUCAUGUUCAAGAAUGCUUGCCACCUUGGAUAGCUCAAGAAAUGGAAUGGAAAACUAUGUGGCAAAAGACAAGAAUAUGGAAAAUUUAUAUCAAUGAGCAGCCGCAAGUUGAACAAAACACUUUCUCUUCAAAUUUCAUCAUACAGAAAAUUAACCAACCUCUCUGCACAUUGUGUUGCACCUAACUAACUUUAUUGACAUGUUUGAAAGGAACAGACCUCUUGCUUGGACGCUUAUUCUUCCUGAUCAUCUCUGAAUCACUGUUAACCAGUUUUGUAUCUCAUUUAAAGGCACAUUAGCUCCCUAAAGUGUCUCUGGGUAGCAUCUAUUGCAUAACAAGGACCAAGAGAAAAUUCCUUAACCCCUUUACAUACUUAUUAAUAUAAGUUAUUAUUGGUUUGAUAGUUUUCUGACUAUCUGCUUUUAAUUUGUGAGCCACCUUGGUGGCUCUGAUUCAACUAAAAGGCAAUGUAUAAAAUCUACAAAUAAAACAAUUAGCUAUACCAUA